UGCGGCAUUGUUCCACCCCUGCUGGGCUGGCAGAAGCUACAAUCCUCAGCAGCAGCAUACCGACACUCAGACACCACACCGGGAUACCUCCCUAAAACCUGCCCAGGCCGGGUCCACCUGUCAGCAGCGGAGCAGCAGAACACAUUGGACUUCCUUUGCAAGAGGACAUUUUUUCUGACAACUCGCCCUAACCCCGUUAGCAGGCUAAGCUAGCAGGAAGAGCUAACGACAGUUGGCUAAAACUCCGCUGAAGCCCCCCCCCCCCCCCACAUCAGGCUGUUGGACAUGACAGGUCAGGCUAUGUAAGCUGCUCUGAUGUUUGGACUUGAACCUUCAUUCAGAGCCUGGUUGAGACAGCUUUACAGCUUGUCUGGAGGACCACACUAUAACUCUGACAUAAAUCACCCUACGGACCUGCAGCUGGUUUGGCUGUUGGUCUGGAUUGUAGCAGAACUCUCCAGAGCAGCGCCUCCCCUCUCCCCCACCUGCUCUCCCUGUAUCACUACGAUGCCUCUGGGUCUGGGAAGAAGGAAGAAGGCGUCCCCGUUAGUUGAGAACGAGGAAGGGGAGCCUAUCCGCGCAGGUCUCCAUGUGCCGGGCAUGGAAGAUGGAGGUGUGUUGGGGUUGGGAGAAGGGGCCACCUCUGAAGGUCUGCCCCCCCCACACAGCAGCAUGCGACCUCGCCUCAUCUUCCACACUCAGCUCGCUCAUGGCAGCCCCACCGGCCGUAUAGAGGGCUUCAGUAAUGUGCGGGAGCUCUAUGCCAAAAUUGGUGAGGCCUUUGGGAUACCGCCUGCUGAGGUUAUGUUUUGCACACUGAACACUCACAAGGUGGACAUGGAUAAACUGUUGGGAGGGCAGAUUGGGCUAGAGGACUUUAUUUUUGCCCACAUUAAAGGACAGCGAAAGGAAAUCGAGGUGUACAAAGGAGAGGAUGCACUGGGUUUGACGAUCACCGAUAAUGGAGCUGGCUACGCUUUCAUCAAGAGAAUCCGCGAGGGGAGCGUCAUCCACCAGAUACAGGUCAUCAACGUGGGCGAUAUGAUAGAGUCGAUCAAUGGCCAUCGCCUGAUUGGAUGUCGACACUAUGAGGUGGCCAAGAUGCUGAAGGAGCUGCCCAAAGGGAAGGAGUUCACCAUCAAGCUCACAGAGCCGCUCAAGGCCUUCGAUAUGAUCGGGCAGCGGUCUGGAGGGUCCAGGUCGGGAUCCGGGGUUCAGCUGGGGACCGGCAGAGGAACCUUGCGGCUGCGAUCUAAAGGUCCUGCUACUGUUGAGGAGCUGCCCAAUGCAUUUGAGGAAAAGGCCAUUGAGAAGGUGGAUGACCUGCUGGAGAGCUACAUGGGCAUCAGAGACAGCGAGCUGGCGGCGACCAUGGUGGAGCUAGGAAAAGACAAGAAGAACCCUGAUGAGUUUGCAGAGGCUCUAGACGAAACCCUCGGAGACUUUGCAUUCCCAGACGAAUUUGUUUUUGACGUCUGGGGUGCCAUCGGCGAUGCUAAGGUUGGGAGAGUGUAACCUCCGGAGCAGAACAACCUUUGUGUGUGUGACACCCACAACAUUCAGCACUACUAGGAAACACAACACUACCGUCAUUUGUUUUUAUUCCAGUGUAUACUAUUUUUAAUUUAGAGUGCACUCUUUUGGGACUCUGCCUAGACAAAGAGGAUAAUGGGAGAAGAAGGACUGCAAUGACUUCCCAAGUGCUUUUAUUUGUCUUCCGGCUUUUUCCAGACAAAAGCAUGAUGAUGAGCUUUCCCUUUGAGCGCAUCACAUGAACCUGCAUGUUGUUGUUGUAGUCGCUGUCAGUGGAACAAGUACAGCACACGUCUCUAAUAUGGGAGCAAUUAAAGACAACUAAGUAGAUAUUUGAUACUUUAACAAUUAGAUUUUUGUUCACACUUUGCACUGUGUUGCACCGCGCUGAAAACCAACAACAGACGUGAAUAGAAAUUGCACUCUACAAGGAGUCCUAAGUUACAGUGUCCUCAACCACUCGCUGUUACUGUUGAGGGUCAGUUUUAAAAGCAUGUUUUAUUUUUAUCUUCAUAAUGAAUUCUGCUGGUUUUAUGUCUGUUUUUUUUCUCGCAAAAAGGGUCAUAGUGAGUAGCCGACUAAAAGACCAUUGGUGUUCGUUCACCUUAACACACUCCAUGCUGUAAUGAAGCUAACUGCAGCAAACUACAUUUUUAUUUUAAUACGUUUGACAAUGUUACAGAAAAUCAGUGUAACAACCUUUUUUAUGAAGGUUUGUUGUGUCUACUUAUUUCUUUUAUAGCUAGUGUUUUUAUAUAAAGUGAUGUCUAUUUUAAAACAGGGUUUGUGUAAUGAAUGAACAAUUUGAUCUUGUGACGCAACUAGCUCAUUCUGAAGCAUUACAGAAGGCAGUAUUAAAAACGUGUGAAAUUGAGUAGUUGUUUAAAAAUAGAAUUUGGUAAAGAUACAACUCACCCAUGAAUCAAAAUACAUUUUUCUUAACAUCUUUCCUUAAGUGAUAUUUAUCCAUCUAGAUUAUUUGUGUGUGAUUUGCCCAGUGUUUUAAGUAUCAGAAAAUUCUUUAUUAUGCUGAAAGCGCCAAAUAAUACAUUUGGAAAAACUCACGAGCGAUGGCUCUUUCCCGAAAUAUGACCUAUCUAUUUGAGGAAAAUCUACAGACCUAGUUGGGAGCAGUUUCAUCCGAGGACUUUUUUUGUUUUGUUGCAGAACUACACCAAUAUUUCCAAACACUGGGCAUCUAGCACUUUUACAUUCUGGAUUGAUAAAUAGCGCGACAGUUAAGAGGGUAAAUGUAUAUUUUUGAUUGUGAGGUGACCUGACCCUUUUAAGAAAGAAAAGGCCUUAAUUUCUUCUAAUCUCGUGCAAGCUUUUGUUAGAAGUAUCUAUUCUGGUGCUGAAAAAUGAAGUAUCCCCUCAUUGGAGCAGAAUCAUUCAAAAACGAUUUCACCAUGUAACUAGUGUGGUUUAUAGAGUGAAAACAACAGGCAAUGCAGCACCAACUACUCAGCGUAGGUAAACAUGUCUUUCAUUUUUUGUUGGUGUUAACCUUUUCAGUAUUCCCAAAUGUAUGAAACAAUUUUGUUAUUUUUGUUCUACUCUUCAGAGUUAAUGAAUAUCUAAAUGUAAUGAAACUGAUGCUAGAACACUGAAACACUGACACAUUAUUUUGUUGGCUUUGUAUAACACUGUUGUCAAUGUUUAAUUAUAAUGCAAUAAUAACAUCGACAUGGCGGUUUUCCUUCUU